AUGGCUAUUUUACACACCACAGACCCUGAAAUUCUUUUUCUCUCUCACAACGUGCGCGGCGUUGCGAGGCACCCCAGCUCCGGUUAUUCAUGUCUCCCAGGCCCGGGUGGGCGGUGUUUUCAUUCGAAGGGCGCCAAUCGGUCUCUCGCCCGUGCGGCUGGUCACCCUGAGGAGUGGAGCAGCGGUGACUCCCAGGAAGCGACCCGGGAGCCCAAGCAACAUAUACAUUUGGGCGUUGGUAAGCAAACCGCCUGGCGGAUGCUAUGCAUUGAGGCGCGUCCAUCCACGGACGUCGGCACAAAUUCAGCCGAGAAUGCAGGCACGGACGACGGCACGUCCGCUGGUGCGCAGUCCACGUGUGCCGGCAUCCUUGGCGGACAACCCCUCCGCAGAGGCAGGGAGACCGAUCAGAGGUUUAAACCCGACCAAGGGCGCCAUGAACCUAAAAUAGAAUCGGCGCCGUUCGGCAUUCGUCCCGAACACCCGGGCGCUCGAUUAGUGACAGCGCGGAUCAAGGGAGAAGUCUCCACUGGGUCUCGGCCAGUUCUCGACCCUGGUUCCAUCCCAGCCGAUGGGAGCUUGGCGCCGUGCCCGAAAUACGUAGCGCCGCGCAACAUGACAAAUAUAGCGCAAGCGACCCUGUCUCCGCCUUUGUCAUGUGACGUGCACGAACGGCGCUUCAUAAACUCUUGCCGCACUCUCGAGCGCGCCUUCGCGCUUUUGCCUCUUGCCCUCCCAUCCACUUCUUCUCUUACGACUACUAUGCCCCCCCCGUCGUCUCCACUACCUACCGUCUCCGUUCGAACCCUGCCAGCUUGGGCAAGGGAGGCGGGGUUGUCUUGGCCAUCCACGAUGCUGGAUGCCCAGCUUUUCUUUGACGCGUUUACGUUGCGGCUCAUGGCAAUCAUCGAAGCAUCAGGGCGUUGGGGCAUAGAAGGGGCUUAUGUGGUGACGCUGAAAAGCGAGAUUGAUGCCGCCAUGCCAGCGCUAUCGCAUAUCGGUAUGCUCCGAUCCUCAAGUGGCGAGGACGUCUUCGUCGUCCACGUCCCCCCAAUCCUCAAGUGGCUCAAGCGGGCGGGGGGUCCCGCUGGCCUUGUGUCUCUGGCCAUUGCGAAGGGAUCCCCCCUUUACCGGGAACAGACGGAGUGGCAGCCCCGCUAUCCACAGGGUCUCCCAUCCCCGCCAUACGGCCCCUACAACUGGUGGGACCCGCCUGCCGUCGAGUCUGAAGACGCCGGCAAUGACAGCGCCGGUGAGAGCGUCGAGAGCGAGGACCCCCCCAGCACGCCGUCUCGGAUACCGCUGCACGGGCGUUCCACGAGACUUGCAACCAGGGUAGCUGCCAAGCAGGCAUCGGUUAUCAGCGCGGACGGAGGGAGCGGCAGGCAAAAGCGCAAGGCAGUCGCUGAUGACCAAAACCCAACACCGAGCAAAAAACGGCGCUCUAAAACUCCGCCAGCUGCGAAGGUUCUCGUUACGAAAUCUGCACGCGGUGGACGCUUGAGUGCGGCUGACCGCCAUGCCCUCAAAAAGCUGCCACAUCCCACAUGUCCUGACUCUCGCGCGCGCGCUGACGAAUACCACGAUGCUGACGAAUACAUGCCGGAGGAUGCUCACUGUCAGAGGUGCAUCGAGAUGGAGGAAGAAGAGUGCUUCAAGAAACCGGGCCUCGCCUGCUGGCCCUGCAAGUGGAAGCGGAGGAGCUGUACUCUCGAGAAGGUGAAGCCUCCCAGUCGUCUACCAGCUGAGCGAGCUGGCUCCUCGGUGACGUCAGCGGAGAACAACACAGCGACGCCCUCAACGUGUCGUAAGCGAAAGUACAGCGACAUCGAAGACAAUGCGACGCUUGUGACCGAUGCCGUCCAAGCCUCGGUUAAUAUCGUGUCAGGCACAGACGGCGCUGACUUCGACCACGACGACAGCGCCGACGUCGACCACGACGACGGUGCCGAUUUCGAUCAUGACGACGGCCCCGACUUUGACCACGACAACAACAACAACGACGACGCCGACUUCGACGACGGUGCUGGCACCGCCUCCGACCACGACACCGGCGCUGAUGACGCCACUGACGCAGAACUCAACGCGCACGAUACCGACACGGGCAUCAAUGGGCACCUGGAGACUAUCGUACCCGGGACAUCGGAUCGCAGGAGGUCGAAAGCAUCCAUUAUAUGGAGCAUUCGAGACUACAACUUCAAUCUGGCAAUGGCAACGCGAGUGAAACUAGAGCGGAAACUUAUCAUGCCGCAUUCCUGUCGGCCGAUCAAAAAGGGCGCACUGACGGAUCAGCCAAAGGGCGGCGGAUAUAGCCACGGCGGGCGGCCGACGGGUACCAUACACGGCGCAACACCGCACAAAAGACGGCGCAGUCUGUCAGAUACGGCGCACAACGGAUCGGCCGAUGGGCUGUUUGGAUGCGUCGAUGCCCGAAUAUGUGUGGUAAAAGAUGAAGUUAAGAGCAAGUGA